AUGAUCGGAUUUGCGGCUGGCUCUGGCUUUUUGCUUUUUGGGUACGAUCAAGGUGUCAUGGGUGCUCUGUUGACCCUGCCAAGCUUUGUGGAAGUGUUUCCUCAGAUCAACACCAACAGAAAUGCGGAGGCUAGCUCGGGCACCUCGCACGAAUCUACCCUUCAAGGUGUUGCGAUCGGGCUUUACGAGAUCGGAUGCUUGAUUGGGGCUCUGUCCUGCUUGUGGUUAGGAGACCUCUUAGGUCGACGUGCGAUCAUAUGGAUCGGCACCUUUUGGAUGAUUGCUGGCGCAAUAAUACAGGCUUCUUCGUUUUCGUUGGGCCAGCUGAUUGCUGGGCGCAUCGUGUGUGGUAUCGGCAAUGGAAUGCAUACUGCAACUAUUCCCAUGUGGCAAAGUGAAUGCUCACCACCCCAUAAACGUGGCAUGCUGGUCAUGAUCGAAGGCCUUCUCAUCACUGGUGGAAUAUGCAUGGCAUACUGGAUAGACUUCGCCUUCUUCUGGUUAGACCCCGUCUCCCAGCACACGACCUUCGAACUCAAUGACUUCCCACAUCGCUCGGCAUCCUGGCGGGUACCCAUCGCUUUCCAAAUACUCCUCUGCAUCCCGACCUUUAUCACCAUCUGGAUGCCCGAGUCACCUCGGUGGCUUAUGCUCAAAGGACGCGAAGAGGAAGCUCGUCGCGUUAUGGCAUCCCUUGACGAGCUGCCACUGGAUGAUCCGGAGAUUGACCUUAAGAUUCAGGAGAUCAGAGAAUCGCUUGCCCUUGCGCAGGGUAUAGGCGUGAUAGAUCUAUUCAGGCAGGGGAAAGAGAAAAACUUCCAUCGUAUGGCCCUCGGUUUCGUGAAUCAGAUGUUCCAGCAAAUAUCUGGCAUCAACCUCAUCACGUACUACGCCGCUACUAUUUACGAGAAUAAUAUCGGCAUGUCCCCGCUCGUAUCUCGCAUUGUUGCUGCGUGCAACGGGACCGAAUACUUCCUCGCUUCAUUCAUCGCCAUCUGGACAAUCGAGCGUUUCGGACGCAGAAAAUUGAUGCUGUUUGGCGCCGCCGGUCAAAGCAUGUGCAUGGUCAUCCUUGCCGUAUGCACGUCGCCUGCAGCGCUCAAGCCUGAGGGCGGAGACCCGCGGAACCCAGCUACUCAUCACGGCCCUGCCUUUGCAGCUGCUGUCUUCCUGUUCAUCUUCAACACGUUCUUUGCUGUUGGAUGGCUGGGGAUGACCUGGCUAUAUCCCGCGGAAAUCACGCCUCUGUCCAUUCGCGCCGCUGCUAAUGGAGUCAGCACGGCUGCCAACUGGAUAUUCAACUUCGUCAUCGUACUCAUCACGCCCAUCGCCUUCGCUACCAUAUUCAACAAGACCUACAUCAUAUUCGCGGUCAUCAACGCUGCGAUGUUCGUCUCGAGCUACUACAUCUUCCCCGAAACCGCGGGGCGCUCGCUCGAAGAGAUGUCCGCCAUCUUCGAGCAUGCCAGCGUUUGGAACCCGUACGACGUCGUCAGAAUCGAGAAGAGGACGCCCCGGCGGUACGAUACGAAGGGCCGACUGCUCGGCCGGAACGAGAGAUUGGACGAGGAGGAAAGCGCCGACAGGAGCGACGAGGUACAAGAGAAAAGCGGAUCAAUCAAGCAUUUGGAGCAAAGCCAUCGCUCCGGAGUCAACGCUUCCGAUGAGAGCACGCCGAACAUUUGA